AAUCUUCAAGUUACUUACAUGCUAACUGCAAGGAGCUUGGUGUUGGUGUCCAAGUCUGGGAGGCGUUUCGCGCCCUUUUCGGUCCCUCAAGUGCAGUCUUGUCUGCACUCUACCCGGGCGGCGGCAAGUUCUAAGGAGAGCGGAAGCAUGUCGACCAAGCUCUACGUCGGUAACCUGUCUUGGGAUACUCGGGCUGAUGAUCUUAACGGCCUCUUCAGCAAGUUCGGGGCUGUCGAGGAUGCCUUUGUUGCUACAGAUCGCGAGACCGGUCGGUCUCGCGGCUUCGGCUUCGUGACUCUCGAGUCCUCUGCUGCACGUGCUGCUGCAAGCGAAAUCGAUGGCACGGAGUUUAUGGGCCGUACUAUCAAGGUGAACGAGGCAACUCCUAUGGGCGAGCGCCCUGGAGGUGGUCGCGGUGGCUAUGGUGGUGGCCGCGGUGGCCGCGGUGGUCGUGGUUAUGGUGGUGAUGGUGGCUACGGUGGCGGUCGUGGCAGCUAUGGUGGUGGCCGCGGCGGUGGCGGCUACGGCGGUGGCGGCUACGGCGGUGGUGGCUACGGUGGCGGUGGCUAUGGUGGCGGCUACGGUGGCGGUGGCUACUAAACAAGUCACAUUGAGCCAGAGCAGAGAUCAUUGUAUUGAAUUUGUCGUGGGUAUGGUAUGUGUAAUCCCCGAAGGUGGGGAAACUCGAUCUAUGUAUGCGCACUUGCUCCCAACGGUGUUUGCUUGGUUUGAUCAGCCUGGUUUGACGAUGUUCUCGUCGUGAACCACGUUCAACAGCCAUUCAGGUGGCACGGUAUGCUGAUGUUUGUUCAUGAGAAACAUUCUGUUUGGUCAGAAACGUACUUGUUUUGAUUCAACACGUUGCCGCAUGUGCCUUGGCAUGUCCAGUUCUGGAUGUGCUUAAUGCGUGCGAAGAUGGUUGCUUUGGAAUUUUAGCAAUGCUGCGGAGCCAUAUGAUAUGUCCGCUUCGCAGUUCGUUACUGUUUCUCUACCGUGCUUACCAUACAUACGCAUGUUGUUGGUCUUGUGUCGUGGAUUCCGGUCUGUUUGAUGUUUGUUGGCUUCCCUUCAAGCGUGCAGUAGCCGUCGUGCCAUACUGACAUUCUUGGACGUUGACCGUCUCAAAAUGGUGCGGCGCGCGAUCUGCUAUGCUUUGGUUUCCCUGCCUUCCCCCUGUUUCCCGGUCUCUGUCCCGAAAGCAAAGCAACGAACCGGGCGUAAAUCGCCUCAUUGGGCCCCCGGCACAGCCUUGCUGCCUACGCAACGUCGGUGAGGUUUUCGGACCAGUCGUAUCCCGUUCGCACUUCGUGUUGCAGGUGUUCUCAUGGCGGUUGUCCGGCUUGUGAUUAAAUAUGGUGUCAUGAGCUUGUCUGAUCAUACUGUCUCAUGCUGCCAGGCACCUAAGCGAUGUGUUGGUUUCUGGCUGUUUCCCGUGCCUAUAUGUGGCGCUGUGUUAAGGUGCUGGUAGCAUGUGUUUACCAAGUUUCUCCUGGAUCUCCGGUGGCCUGUUGCUGGCCCGUGCUUGGCAACCGUGUACAUAUGACCCACGUCAAUCUGUAUGGUCGGAUGCUGCUGGUGCAAUGCCUGCUGCAUGACUUAAUUCUUUGUUGAAGGGCACUCGAAGAGAGAGAAGCACGCCGUCUUAUUCACGCUCCCACCGCUAAUUAUCAUACUGUGGACCGGAAUGUGUAUUAAGUUGGUCCCCGAGAGUUUUUUGUCAUUGUAUUUUCGUGUAUAUUGUCUUAAUUGAAACUCAAUAUACAGCGCUACUGUUUCUGGCUCCUAAUGUAAUGAAGCGUGUUUCCCUAA